UCCCGGGCGGAGGGGGGCGGGGAGAGUAAGGAGGAAGAGGAGGAGGUGCAGUCCCACAAUACCCGGCGGAGGGCGGGUGGGUGGUUAGAGUCUGGUCUGUGCGGCGCUCCGGUCCCUGGCGGACCCAGCUGCCUCUGUUUCUUGAACACGAAGAGGAAGCGAUGCGGAGGGGUGGAAAAUGGCAGAGCUGCAGAUGUUACUAGAGGAGGAGAUCCCGUCUGGCAAGAGGGCGCUGAUAGAGAGUUACCAGAACCUGACCCGGGUGGCGGACUACUGUGAAAACAACUACAUACAGGCUACGGACAAGAGAAAAGCUCUAGAAGAGACCAAAGCAUAUACAACCCAAUCUCUAGCUAGUGUUGCUUAUCAAAUAAAUGCAUUGGCCAACAAUGUACUCCAGUUGCUGGAUAUCCAGGCAUCUCAGCUUCGGAGGAUGGAGUCUUCCAUCAAUCAUAUCUCACAGACUGUGGAUAUUCAUAAAGAAAAAGUGGCUCGAAGAGAGAUUGGUAUUUUGACAACAAAUAAGAAUACAUCAAGAAGUCACAAAAUAAUAGCACCUGCAAAUAUGGAGCGCCCUGUCAGGUAUAUUCGGAAACCUAUCGACUACACAGUUCUGGAUGAUGUGGGCCAUGGAGUUAAGUGGCUAAAAGCCAAGCACGGAAAUAACCAGCCUGCAAGAACUGGCACAUUGUCGAGAACAAAUCCUCCCACGCAGAAACCACCAAGCCCUCCUGUGUCAGGCCGAGGGACUUUGGGGCGGAAUACGCCUUAUAAAACGCUAGAGCCUGUCAAGCCCCCAACAGUUCCUAAUGACUACAUGACUAGUCCUGCGAGGCUUGGAAGCCAACAUAGUCCAGGCAGGACGGCUUCUUUAAAUCAGAGACCAAGGACACAUAGUGGAAGCAGUGGAGGAAGUGGAAGUCGAGAAAACAGUGGGAGCAGCAGUAUUGGCAUUCCCAUUGCUGUGCCCACGCCUUCACCUCCCACUGCUGGCCCAGCAGCCCCUGGCUCAGCUCCUGGGUCGCAGUAUGGCACAAUGACCAGGCAGAUUUCUCGGCACAACUCUACCACUUCUUCGACAUCUUCUGGUGGAUAUAGACGAACUCCCUCUGUGACUGCCCAAUUCUCUGCUCAGCCUCAUGUUAAUGGAGGGCCACUUUAUUCUCAAAAUUCAAUUUCUAUUGCCCCACCUCCUCCCCCUAUGCCUCAGUUGACUCCACAGAUACCUCUCACAGGCUUCGUGGCCAGGGUGCAGGAAAACAUUGCUGAUAGCCCAACUCCACCACCCCCGCCUCCGCCGGAUGACAUUCCCAUGUUUGAUGACUCUCCACCUCCUCCACCACCUCCUCCGGUGGACUAUGAAGACGAGGAAGCUGCGGUAGUUCAGUACAGUGACCCCUAUGCAGACGGGGAUCCUGCAUGGGCUCCCAAGAAUUAUAUUGAGAAAGUUGUUGCAAUAUAUGAUUAUACAAAGGACAAGGAUGACGAGCUGUCCUUUAAAGAAGGUGCGAUCAUCUAUGUCAUAAAGAAGAACGAUGAUGGUUGGUUUGAAGGAGUUUGCAAUCGAGUGACUGGACUCUUUCCUGGGAACUAUGUUGAAUCGAUCAUGCACUAUACUGAUUAGGUUUUUCUUUUUUCUUUUUUUCUUCUCAUGUAGGUUAUUACUCCGUCAUACUGUGGGACUAUAUGGUUAACAGAAUUGUCUUAAUGUUUAAAAUGUGCCCAUAUUUUCAGGACAAUGUUUUAUUGGUAUAUUUGGAUGUCUACCUGUAAGCAUACAUUUUAGAGGCAGUUCACAUAUUGCUGAACAGCAGUUUAUACCAGAGACUGCCUGUAAUUGAUUAUGCAUAUGUGCUCACACCUUGAUAACUUUAUGACCAGCCUAAACAUUCUGGGGAUGUGGGUUAUCAUGUUUAACAAAUCAUGGUUCAGAAUGCACCAUUUCAUGUUUCAGUGCAGCAUGGUCACUAACAUUAUGUCAGACUAAUAGGAAAAUCAGAAAACUUAAAUGCUGGUGCUGGUCAUACUUUUGAUUUAAAUUCUCAUUUUUUAAGAAUACUGUGUUUAAAGCAUGCAUAAAAUUUUAUGUAUUGAAAGAUACUUAACAAUUCAAGAUGCUUCCAAUUUGUGUAACAUUUAUCUGGAGUACUCAUAUUUGAGUCUCUAAGUUCUUCAUGUGAAAUGAAAGAUUAUCUGUAAUGUUGUAAUUUGUAUCUAAGUUUUUUAAUGAGUGAAAUUUGCAUUAUAAAUUUUUACACUCAUAAAUACAUAAGUGAACCAAAGGAUUUUGUCCUCUCCUUUACUGGUUUGCUUUAAACAUGUGUGCUCGUGCGUAUGCAUGCACACAUAAUCCCAACACAAAAGGUUUAUUGCAGAAUUAUGGUCCUAUUUUCUCAGUGUAUUAGCUUGGAAACAUGUGUCUGAACAGCAUAAUGUGGCAGAAUUUUGCAGAUUUUGGAGCUAAAACAUUUUGUCAAAGUUAACACAUCAUUCUGUAGGUAAAAAUCCAAAGGGAUGCUACACUAUUCCUGUGGUUUUGAUUAAAAUGAAUUUACACUGGUUCAAUAAAAGGAAAAUCUCUUAUGUAUUGUAAAAGCGAAUGCAAUUAAUUUGUGGAUAGGCAUAUGUAGCCCAUUACACGGCACUAGCAACAUACAAUUGGAAAAGAAAGUAGGCCAUGUAUUACUCUGUAAACAGGUAACAGGCAGGUUUGUAUUGGAACUGAAAUGCACUUUGUGUGUCUCCUUGAUUUAAGGGAGGGUGAGAGGGAUAGUAGGGGUAUUUCUCUUGUAUAUAAUUCUGUACUGCUUAGGAUAUUACAGUAGAUCACACAAGUGAGGGUUUCUAUGUAUUGAGGAUUACAGACUUAUGACAGCAUAGUAAAUGAUGAGAGCAGUACAAAAUAUUUCUGAAAAUUAAAGACCAUUGUUUCUACCAAAUCAUCAACUAUUUCAUAUAUAUUUUAUUUACCUUUGUUAUUUUUAAAGUAUGUCAUUAGUGAUCAGAUAGCUAUAUUAUGCCUUUUCUUUUUGAAGCAGAAUGUUUUCUUAAUUUGUAAAUAACCUGUUGUCUAAAUUUUAUCUACAGUCUUUUAUAAUAAACUAUGUUCAUCUAUGAAAAAA